AAGAGGAAGCGCUCGUGUGAUUUAAAGGGGACCGCACACAAUCCAGAAAUCAUGUUCAUAUGCUAACACAUUACCUUGUUUUUAAAAUGAAACCCGUUACAUAAGGAGCUGGGGAUUGACUCGCACAAAAUACUGAGAAAAUUACCCCGGCUGUGUAAGAUGAAAACUCUCUAUUUUUGAACUUUAUGCCCAGUUUUUGGUUUGGCGGGAUAGUGAGAACACUAAGCAGAUCAUCUUUGCCAAAACUUUUUAGGGAAACAUUAUUCAGAGCAACACUAAAUAGUCAAUAUCUCCAGUGCUCGAGAGCUCUCACGUUUCCGUGGGGAUUUGCAUCUAGCCCCAGUGGCGUCUUUUUCUGUGUGCCACAAAUUCGACAGUUCACUCUCAGCACCGGCUCAUAUUUCCGUGUUUCUUGGCCUAAGUGGCAACUUGAACAACCAGACAUGGCAGAGCAGAGAUACUGCGUGGAAUAUGCCAAACGUGGCACGGCUGGGUGCAAGAAAUGCAAAGACAAGAUCAUGAAGGGGCUGGUCCGGAUUGGUAAGAUUGUGCCGAACCCGUUCAGUGAGUCUGCAGGGGAAAUGAAGGAGUGGUACCAUGUAAAGUGCAUCUUUGAGAAGCUGGAGAAAGCGCGCGCCACCACAAAGAAAAUCGAGGACAUCACAGAGCUGGAGGGAUGGGAGGAACUUCAGGAUGAGGAUAAAGAACUAAUCAAUAAACACGUUUCAGAACUGGCAGCCAAAACCAAUGCAAGCCCAAAGAAGAAAGUGCAAGCUAAGUUAAACAACAGUGGGCAGCUGUCAGCACCGCUAGCUGAUCCAACAGUCAACGCUCCUCGCAAGUUUUCUGGCUUCACAGCUACCAAGGCCGGUUCCUCUUCCUCCAGUCCUGGACCGUCUCCAGCCAAACCCACUCAGGGCAGUGCUUUAUCAGCUCAACUAUGUGACCCCAACCAUAAAGACAACUUACUGCGGGAGUUCCGCAAACUCUGUGCCUUAGUCGCAGAGAAGUCAGGCUACAACGCCAAAACCGAGAUCAUCAGAGACUUCUUAACAAAGGGCUCUGGUGGAGACAAAUUCAGAGGAGAUUUGUACUUGACGCUGAAGCUUCUCCUCCCAGGAGUGGUUAAAAAUGUGUACAACCUCAAUGACAAACAAAUUGUCAAGCUUUUCAGCCGCAUAUUGAAUUGCAGUCAGGAUGAGAUGGUGCAAGACUUGGAACAGGGAGAUGUUUCAGAGACAGUGCGGAUGUUUUUUGAGGACAGCAAGUCUUUCCCUCCCGCAGCCAAGAGUCUUUUGACCAUCCAGGAGGUGGAUGCCUCACUGUGCCGUCUGGCCCAACUCACAAAGGAGGAUGAUCAGCAGACAGAGCUGCAGGACAUUGCUAAAAAAUGUACCGGAAAUGAUCUGAAGUGUUACAUUCGUUUGGUCAAACAUGAUCUGAAAAUUAACUCGGGGGCUAAGCACGUUUUGGAUGCUGUGGACCCUAACGCAUAUGAUGCCUUCAAAGCCUCCCGUAACCUUGGUGACGUAAUCGACAGGGUGCUACGGAACCAGCAGGACGCCUCUAAUGGAACAGGGCCCCGAAAGAUCCUUAGUGUGGAGGCGUCUCUGAUGACCCCCGUACAGCCAAUGCUGGCAGAGGCAUGUAAGUCCAUUGAGUAUGCCAUGAAGAAGUGUCCUAAUGGGAUGUACUCUGAGAUCAAGUAUGAUGGUGAGCGUGUGCAGGUCCAUAAGAAUGGCGAUCACUUUAGUUACUUCAGUCGAAGUCUCAAACCAGUACUUCCUCACAAGGUUGCUCAUUUUAAAGAGUUCAUACCGCAGGCAUUUCCUGGUGGCCAUAGCAUGAUCCUUGAUGCUGAAGUUCUUCUUAUUGAUACCCAGUCUAGCAAACCACUGCCAUUUGGGACUCUUGGAGUACACAAGAAAGCAGCUUUCCAGGAUGCUCAAGUGGGUCUGUUCGUGUUCGACUGCAUUUAUUUUAAUGGUGUCAGUCUCAUGGACAAACCUCUCUGUGAAAGAAGAAAGUUUCUCCAUGACAAUAUGGUGGAAGUUCCUAACAGGAUUCUGUUCUCAGAAAUGAAGCAUGUCACGAGAGCUGCUGACCUGGCAGAAAUGAUCACACGUGUCAUCAGAGAGGGAUUGGAGGGGUUGGUUCUGAAGGAUCUCAAGGGGCAAUAUGAACCAGGAAAGCGUCACUGGUUGAAGGUGAAGAAAGACUAUCUGAAUGAAGGAGCAAUGGCGGACACCGCUGACCUUGUGGUGCUUGGAGCUUUCUAUGGCAAAGGCUCAAAUGGUGGAAUUAUGUCCAGUUUCCUCAUGGGCUGCUAUGACCCAGAAUCCAGAAAGUGGUGCACUGUGACCAAGUGUUCGGGAGGCUAUGAUGACGCCACGUUAGCCAGACUGCAGAAGGAGUUGGACGUUAUCAAAAUAGGCAAGGAUCCAAGCAAGAUCCCAGGAUGGUUGAAGAUUGUCAAAAACUAUUACCCUGAUUUCAUUAUCCGUGAUCCAGAAAAAGCGCCAGUGUGGGAAAUAACUGGAGCAGAGUUUUCCAAAUCAGAAAUGCACACAGCGGAUGGCAUAUCCAUCCGCUUCCCACGAUGCACUCGAAUGCGUGACGACAAGGACUGGAAGACAGCCACUAACCUUCAGCAGCUUAAGGAGCUGUAUCGAAUCUCGAAGGAGAACUGUGAUUUUGAGGUGACAGCUGGUCCGUCCAAACCUAGCAAAAAUGACAAGAGCUCCUCAGGAGGCGAGAGUGGAGGAAGCUCUCCCUCGACAUCUCAUGGAGCUUCCACAGCUAACAAGCCCAAAAACGGUCAUACCCCCAAAGCAAAAGCAGUGAAAACAGAAUCAUCCUCUCCCGCAGUUAAGAGGAAACUACCCACAGAGAAACAAGAUGCCAAGAAGAUAAAAAAAGAACCUGCUCACAGCAACGGACAAAGCAAAUUAAAGUCGAUUCAAACAACCGACCCAAAGAAUGAAAAGACACUACUGGAUAUUUUCACAGGUGUGAAGCUCUACCUCCCAGAGUCAGUACAGGACUUUGAGAAGCUUCAACGUUACUUCCUAGCGUACGAUGGUGAUCUGGUGCCUCAGUAUGACUCUGGUUCAGCCACACAUACACUGGAAGAGCCAGAGGAUGACAGUUCAGCCCAGAGGGUCACCUCCAACUGGAUCUGGGAAUGCAUCCGCAAGAGGAGGGUGGUUCCCCCCUGCUGAACGAGAUAAAGAGACUGCUCAAAGGACACUAGCACAAACCUCAGGUUUGCUGUUCUCUAACAAGCAAUGUCAUUGGAAAAACUGCCUGUUUCACCAGACCUGCAGCUACAAUUAUGGCAGACCAAGUUGAAUGAACUUUUUCUAAACCAUGUCUCCAAAUGAUUUUUUUUGUUAGCUUUACCACAUUGUGGUAUUACACGUGUUGUACUAAAAAACUUU